GCCCCUUCUUCCGGUCUUUUCGCGCGAGGACGCCAUUGAGGCAGUAGAGCGGGCGCCGAGCGCUCACGCAGCAAUCCGCAUCCAUCCGCGCGCUCCGAGCCGCCACCGCGCUUCAUCAUGACGGAGCAGAUGACCCUGCGCGGGACCCUCAAGGGCCACAACGGCUGGGUCACGCAAAUCGCCACAACCCCGCAAUUCCCCGACAUGAUCCUGUCCGCGUCGCGAGACAAGACGCUGAUCAUGUGGAAGCUGACCAGAGACGAGACCAACUACGGCAUCCCACAGCGAUCUCUGCACGGCCAUGGGCAUUUCGUGAGCGACGUCGUCAUUUCCUCCGACGGCCAGUUCGCUCUCUCUGGCUCGUGGGAUGGGACCCUGCGUCUGUGGGAUCUCACCACGGGCACGACCACACGCCGAUUCGUGGGCCACACCAAAGACGUGCUGAGCGUGGCGUUCUCCGCUGACAACCGUCAGAUUGUGUCCGGCUCGCGUGACAAGACCAUUAAGCUGUGGAACACCUUGGGUGUCUGCAAGUACACCAUCCAGGAGGAUGGCCACACCGAGUGGGUGUCAUGUGUGCGCUUCUCGCCCAACAAUAACAAUCCCAUCAUUGUCUCUUGUGGCUGGGACAAGCUGGUCAAGGUGUGGAAUUUGACCAACUGCAAGCUAAAGACCAACCACAUUGGCCACACGGGCUACUUGAAUACAGUGACCGUGUCUCCUGAUGGUUCCCUGUGUGCCUCUGGUGGGAAGGAUGGGCAAGCCAUGCUGUGGGACCUGAAUGAGGGCAAGCAUCUCUAUACACUAGAUGGAGGUGACACCAUCAAUGCGCUCUGCUUCUCACCAAACCGCUACUGGCUGUGUGCAGCCACGGGGCCCAGCAUCAAGAUCUGGGAUCUUGAAGGCAAAGUGAUUGUGGAUGAGCUGCGGCAAGAAGUGAUCAGCACAAGCAGCAAGGCUGAGCCACCCCAGUGCAUUUCCCUGGCCUGGUCUGCUGAUGGACAGACUCUGUUUGCUGGUUACACUGACAACUUCAUCCGAGUUUGGCAGGUGACCAUUGGCACUCGCUAAGACCUGUCAAAGGGAUGUGCUGCGACAUGGGUGCAAGCACGCGAUGCGGCUCAUGCGUGUGAGACUAUCACAUGACAUUGGCCAUUAUCAUCAUUGGUGUGCUUGCACUCGCUUUUUCAGUGCUCAAUAAACAAUUGAAAACAUU